AACAGAGCCAUAAACAAGCACACAUGACCCAACAACGAUGAAGGUCUCUCUAAAACUAGUCGAAGAACGCCACACGAAAACCACAAUCUCAAACCCACCACCAGCACAACCACUCCUCCUCCGCACCAAAAUCCCCCUCACCAUCUUCGGCUUCCCAUUUCUCUCCGGAUUCACCACUUCCGACCACUCAAAUCUCUCCCUCUCUCUCCGCACUAACUUUCUCUCCGGCCCAUCUCUCAAGCUCUCCUACACUCCCUCCUCCCACGCCGCCGCUUCUCCGCCCCCACUGACACUCACGCUCAAAUCCGGCGUCUCCCUCUCCGGCUCCCCCAACAACUCCCCUCUCAUCAUCUCCGCCAAUUUCUCUCUCACCCCUUCUGCUUUUUCCAACCCUACCCCUACUUUUUCUCUCCACUUCAAGCCUCAAUUUGGCGAUUUUUCUAUAAGGAAGUGUGUUUUUUCGGACCCCAAAGGGAAUGGGGAUAAGGGUCCUGUUGGGCUUGUGAGUGAGAGGUCUAGGGUCUGGAAGGAACUGGGUUUGGAGGCUGGGGAGAAGGAGCCGGUUUUUUCGGGGGUUGAGGUCAUGGCCAAUACCAAAAUGCCGGUGGCCAAACGGGUGGCGGUUAAUUUAAGGUGGGGUGUUAAGUUUCCAGGGGAUUUUAGUAGCCAAUUGCCGUAUUUGAGUGUUAAUAAGAUUGGGAUUGAGAGGGUUGAUGAAGUCAAAGUGAAGAAGCUGAAUUCUGAAGACAAAAGUGUGGGUGAUUCGGAGAUGUUGAUGGGCAUGAUGUCUUGGAUGAAGAGGGAAUUGGAGAGUGUAAGGCGAGAGAAUCAAGAAAUGAAGUGCAAUUUACAAGAGUUGAAUUCUAGGAAAUCAGUGAGAAGUGGCGGUGGGGAGAAAUCAAUGCCGGUGGUUCAAAGUACUAGUGGAUUUGAUCAGUGGAGGAAUAAAAAGAGUGUUGCUGAGGAGAAUCGGAAGAAAGAGUUGAAGAAAGUUGAGGCUCCGGUGACCGAUGUAGAGAGUGAAUUGCAGAAAGCUAUUAUGGCUGCUUCCUCCACAUGAGGAGUGGAAGCAAAAUCAAUCAGAAAAGAAGAAGUAUCAGGUAUGUCCAACACAAGUCCGAGAAGGUGGCAGAAGCCAGAACAAGGAUGUGUAAAAGUAAAUAUUGACGCUGCUGUGUUUAUGGAGUCUGGUUGUACUGCUGUGGGAAGCAUUAUCCGAGAAUGGAGCGGAGGUUUUAUUAGAGCUCGAAACCAGAAUAUAGCCGCAGUCUAUCAACCUUGGGAAGCUGAAGCAAUUGUGUUGAAGGUGGCAGAAGCCAGAACAAGGAUGUGUAAAAGUAAAUAUUGACGCUCCUGUGCUUAUGGAGUCUGGUUGUACUGGUGUGGGAAGCAUUUUUAGAGAAUGGAGCGGAAGUUUUAUUAGAGCUCGAAACUAGAAUAUAGGCGUAGUCUAUCAACCUCGGGAAGCUGAAGCAAUUGCGUUGAAGGAAGCUCUCUCCUGGGUAAAGGAAGUUGGAUACAAAAAGUGUGUUUUUGAAACAGAUGCUAAGGCGCUAGCAGAUGCACGCAAAAAUGUCCAAGAGCGUACUUAUUUUUACUCCAUUGUGUCAAGUUGUGUUGAUUUGUUUAAGCUCCGGGAUUUAUUUCUGAUGUUUUGAUCAUUGAUUCAAUUUAAUAAAAAAACACGUUCGUUUACUUCAAAAAGAAAUGAAAAGGAUUUGAAAAGUUUUAUUA